GCAUAAGAAUUUUCCCCCAAAAUGAAUUAGCGACACAGCGGCCCGAGCGCCAAACACCGCCGCCGGAAAACUGGGAAUCAACUCAUCCUCCGCCGACACAACUCGGAAAUUCUGAGGAGAGAGGGAGCAGAAAUCGUUUGAUCAACAAUGAAAAUUUGGGGAAGACUGAUAAAUCGAGCAAUUCUUCUCAGCAGUGGCAAUGGCGGAAUACUAUCGAAACCCUUAAAUCCUCGAAAUGGGGCUUGUGGGGCCGGCGCAUUCCGCCGGAACAUCUUCUCGUCUGCCUCGUCUCCUUCGAUUUAUUUGUCGGAUUUGAACGUGCUGAAGUCUUCAUUACGCUCCUCCCAGCGGAAUCAGUUCCAAGAGCAGAGGAGGAGCAUGUUUAUCCAGACACAGUCAACUCCUAAUCCUGCCUCGCUGAUGUUCUAUCCCGGGAAGCAAGUUAUGGAGACAGGGAGUGCCGACUUUCCUAAUGCACGCUCUGCUAUGAGUUCGCCACUGGCAAAGAGUCUUUAUGGAAUUGAUGGAGUGACCAGGGUCUUCUUUGGAUCAGAUUUUGUGACCGUAACAAAGUCAGAUGAAAUCUCAUGGGAUUUGCUCAAACCUCAAGUCUUUGCAGCAAUCAUGGAUUUCUAUUCUUCUGGACAGCCGUUGAUAUUAGAUUCAGCUGUUGCUGCCUCCAUGGACACAGCCAUCAAGGAAGAUGAUUCAGAAACUGUUGCCAUGAUCAAAGAGCUCUUAGAAACUCGAAUCCGGCCAGCAGUGCAAGACGACGGUGGUGACAUUGAGUAUGUAGGGUUUGAUCUGGACACCGGAGUAGUUAAGCUGCGAAUGCAAGGAGCCUGCAGCGGAUGCCCUAGCUCAUCUGUCACUCUGAAAUCUGGGAUUGAGAACAUGCUAAUGCAUUACGUCCCUGAGGUCAAAGGUGUGGAACAGGAAUUUGAUGAAGAAGAAGAUGCAACGCUAACUGGAGCGCCACACGAGUAAUUUACACUCUAUCAGCACAGUCCCCACACAUACACAUAAAAGAGGAAUAAAAACUCACUACUACUAGUUUGGCUAUCUCUCCAGCAUUUCUCAUUCCGUUUGUUCUUUGUAGCUCUUCGGUAGCUAACUUGUUGCGAUCAUUUGGUCGUUUAGCUUUCUAGUAGCGCGUUAAAGCAUCGAUGCUGAGGAACAGUGAACUUGCUCGGUUCUGCUUAAAUAUUUUUGGUGCUUGAUCUCA